GGGAUCAGUCAGGCUGUACCUUGACCACCAGUUUACCUUACCACCACUCCAAUUCUUUCCCAUCGACACCCCACACGACAUCCUCAGCCAUGCCAGCAGUCAUGGACGCAUUCAAGAAUCUUAUACGCCACGGUAAACAUAACCACAGGCUUCCAGACUCUGACCCUCAGCAAUACACCAGAACAACCCCAGAACCGUCACAUCCAAAGCAGCGUCAGCAGCAAACACCUGCUCACCCACCAGAACCGGACCUCACCCAACAAGCUCAACAGAAACGUGACUCCAAAGAAGCAGCAGAUAUGAUUCUCACCCAAGAACGCGAAGCUAAAACGAAACAGCCUUUGUAUAAAGGGCUUGAGAAUUUCAAGCUUAUCGACAAGAUGGGAGACGGCGCAUUUUCGAACGUGUACAAGGCAAUAGAUUUGUCAAGCGGCUCUAAAGUGGCUGUGAAAGUUGUGCGGAAGUUUGAACUGAAUGCAUCCCAGGCGGGCGAUAAGCAUUUAAAUGCACAAUUUAAGAAAAAGCCGCGCGUGACAGAGCGUGCCAAUAUUCUCAAAGAGGUGCAAAUUAUGAGAGGGACAAGUCACCCAUCUAUAGUUCGACUACAAUCAUUUUCAGAAUCUCCCGAAUAUUAUUUUCUCGUUUUAGAAUUGAUGGAGGGUGGCGAAUUGUUCCAUCAGAUAGUAAAGUUGACCUAUUUCAGUGAAAACCUCUCGAGGCAUGUCAUUCUCCAAGUUGCAAACGGUAUUCGCUAUCUUCACGAAGAGCGAGGCGUGGUACAUCGUGACAUCAAGCCAGAAAAUUUGCUUUUUGAGCGGAUUCCAAUCAUACCUUCGAAGAACCCAGUAAGGCGUCCCUACGAUGAAGAAAAGGAAGACGAGGGUGAAUUUAUACCUGGUGUUGGGGGUGGAGGCAUUGGGCGAAUCAAAAUUGCUGAUUUCGGCCUUUCGAAGGUGGUUUGGAAUGAGGAGACAAUGACACCAUGUGGAACAGUCGGAUACACCGCGCCGGAAAUUGUUAAAGAUGAGCGAUAUUCCAAGAGUGUGGAUAUGUGGGCGCUCGGAUGUGUUUUGUACACGCUUCUAUGUGGAUUUCCUCCAUUCUACGACGAAAGCAUCAACGUCCUGACAGAAAAGGUUGCGCGUGGUUACUACACUUUUUUGAGCCCAUGGUGGGACGAUAUUAGCCAUACAGCUAAGGAUCUCAUUCAACACCUUCUUUGUGUCGAUCCUGCUCAGCGUUAUACCAUCGACGAAUUUCUUGCACAUCCCUGGUGCAAUGCUGCCCCUGCGCCGCCUCCACCCCCCACUCCAAUGGCAUAUGGACGCACUCCUCCACUCGAUUCACCUCUAUUGACUGCUGCUCGUGGUGGCCGCGUUGAAGGUCGUUCACCAGGUCUUGCGACACUCAAAGAAGCAUUUGACAUUACCUACGCUGUUCAUCGUAUGGAAGAGGAAGGAGCACGUCGAAGGGCAUACAAUGGAAGGGGCGGUGCAGGAACGAGAGGUUUCUUGCACGGUCUGAACGAGGACGACGAAGACGUAAUGGCAGAUGAUGAAGACACAUUGGAAGAUGCGAGGCGUAGGCAUGCGAAUCCAAGUUCACGAACAGCCCAGCGGGACAAUGCUGGCACAGGGGCGAAGACGGUGGCUAAACGGAAUAUAGUCGGGGCAGCUCCUGUUGUCCAUGAUGAUCGAUCCUUGUUAUUGGAUGGAAGAGCAGGCUCACGAGAUCGGGGUCGCAGAGCGGGUGGCAGUCGAACAUUUGAGCUGGACAUGGAUAAUGCAACUCUUCUUGGACGCCGGCAUAAGCGAGUGGGUGUUGCUUCUCCUGGCGGUGGCAUGGACUCCAGCCCUCUGGCGAGGAACGCUAUAGGGCCGCAGUUCAUAGAAAGGGAACAACUUCCACCUGGAAGUCCUAUGCGCGUACUAUAAAUGAGAGGUUGGGUUGGGAAAACACGCCUUCUCGCCGACCAGGAUAUCCUUGAAUUCCUUAGCCAGCGAAACCAGCCACACGCAACCACUUCCCUUCUUGCCCCCUUAGUUCCGUUACCGCCAUGAUGGCGUUAUCAGUGUUUCUGUGCCAUAUCAUAUAUCCUCUCAAUAUCUACGCUAUGCAGCAGUGAAAUGGUUUCCGUCAUAAGCAGUUUCCUCUUUCUCGUUCGUGGAAUCUGGAUCCUGGUUCGGGUGAUUCGCUUGCCCUGUGUAGUAUGUCCCUCUUUCGGGAGCCGCAAAUGUUCUUGCUUGCUCAAGACGCAUCCAUCGAAUAUAUUUGUACGACUUCCGUGUACUUUCAGCACCACCUGCAUUUCACCCUCCUUACUUUGCUUCUAUUUAUCUACGACACCUUAUUGCAACCCAAUCACCAUAAGUUAUUUGCUGCACUCAAUCCUGUUGAAUAAUCCAAGCGCAACCUUGUGGACGCAUCGUACUAGUCCAAUUUUUAUUCCUUUGGCAUUCAAAUAUCAACCGUACCGUACAUUCUUCGUGUUGUAUUUUUGCUUGACAUACUCGUUAUAUUUUACAUGUAUCAUUCUGGUUGUAUGCUUGUAUGCUUUACUAGUAAUAGUUGCCGCUCGGAUCUUAGUUCAGGUCAUCAGCGUGUAAUGUCAUUGAAUUGUUUAGUUUCUAUUAUGAUUGCUUUUGAAAUUCAUUAACUGCC